CUGUUAUAAUUACCACCGCUGCACAAAGUAGGAGAAGAAGAAGGAGAAGAGUGAGUGGAAGAAGAAGAGCUGCAGUUAACUUCAUCAAACUUCAUUAAAUCACCGGAAACUCAAGACUUCCUCCGGGAGGUCCGCGGACCUUCAGCCGGGCUCGAUUAAAAUGUUUGCAGCUGCUCUUCAUCACCUUCCUCCUCGUCUUCAUCACCUUCCUCCUCCUCGUCUUCCUCUGCACAGACUUUACAGCUCCUUACCCACGCUCACUCUGUUCACCAAGGAUCCGUGUCCUCUGUGUGAUGAAGCUAAAGAAGUUCUGCAGCCGUUCAGACACAGAUUUGUCUUCCAGCAGGUGGACAUCAGCCGUCCAGAGAACAGGAAGUGGUUCGACAGGUACAAGUGGGACAUACCUGUCUUCCACCUGAAUGGACAGUUUGUGAUGAAGCACCGAGUGGACGUCGCCCUGCUGGACAAACUGCUGCAGGACACUGAGACACAGAAGACAUGAAACCUGGAUGUGAGCGGGACACCGAGACACAGAAGACAUGAAACCUGGAUGUGAGCGGGACACUGAGACACAGAAGACAUGAAACCUGGAUGUGAGCGGGACACUGAGACACAGAGGACAUGAAACCUGGAUGUGAGCGGGACACUGAGACACAGAAGACAUGAAACUAAUAAUCAAUAAAUAAUGAUC